AUGCCGGGGCCGCGGACCGAGGCUCGUAGCUCCUCUGGGGAGGAGUCCGAGAAGGACUGCCCGACCCGAGAAGAGGCGGAGGCUGCAAAGGCGGCUGCAAAAGCCUCGCCAGGGCCGCCGGAGAGGACGGAAAUAGCCGAAGGAGUGCUGCAGAGCACGGCAGCAGAAGGGCCACCUGCCCCUGCGGAGGACGAAGAGGAAAAGCAAAAGAAGGAAAAGAGGAGGGCUGCCAGAAAGGAAAAAAAAAAGGCCGCCAAAGCUCGCGAGAAGGACUACGAGAAAAAAGUCAGAGACUUGAAGGACAGGGAGCAGGCUGUGAGGAAGAGGGAGCAGGAGCUCCGCGACCGUGCACGAACCCCAAGCGAGGAGAGCUCCAGCCGCCGCAGCGACAGCAGACGACGAUCUCGAGAUCCCCGCAAGCGGCCGGAGAGGCGAGCUGCUAGCCCCUCUCAGAGCAGCAGGGCCACUCCGAAGCCGGAGGUCCGCUUGACAGCCGCCGCCACCUGGUGCUGGUGCCCACGGGUUGGCGAACACAUGUGCCGCAAGUGGGUUCAGUCCCGAUGGGCCCUGGAGCUCCAGCAAAUGGAGCGAUCCCGCUCUCCUCGCUCACCUCCAGAUCUGAGGAGGCCUGCUUCGCCAAAGGGGCUGCCACCACAGGAGCGGGCACGGCGGUCCCAGUCUGUGGAGUUCGUGGAGCCGCCCAAACCAAGCACGGCAGCUGCACCGAGCACGGCAGCUGCACCGAUGGCAGCUCAGGCCAAAGCCUCGGCACAGGGCUCGGCACUCGAGGUGCUGUCCGUCAUGUUCCGUGUGGCGGACCGGGUCUUGGAGAGGGAGCACCCCUAA